UCUUCUACUCAUCCAUAAUGACUUGGCUGGCAGCAUUACACGCGGUCUUCAGCUGCUGUCUGCUUCUUUUUGUUGUGUCUUACGAUGAGACAAAAACAGAUGUCUUUCAACGCUUUGAGGACUACAUUAGAAAAUUCAACAAGAGCUAUCACCCUGGAACGGUGGAAUUUACGAAGAGGGAAUCAAUAUUCGAGCAAACUCUGAAAAGAAUCAAUUGGUUAAACAAGAACGGAAACUUCACGCAAUCGACUGUUUAUGGCAUCAAUCAGUUCUCCGAAAUGACACCAGAGGAAUUCAUAAGAUAUGUCCACCUUGCCAAAGUGGACGUUCCCGCCGACAAACUUCCCAAAAAGAGCUCUUUAUACCCCAGAAGUAUGAAACUUCGGGCAAACAGGAACAUCAGGGAUCAGUUGCCGCAGAGAGUCGAUUGGAGGGAGAAAAAGGUUGUGACGCCAGUAAACAACCAAGAGGAAUGCGGAGCUUGCUGGGCCUUCAGCACCGUAGAAACAAUUGAAACCAUGUAUGCCCUGAAGACGGGGCAACUCGAACAAUGGAGCGUGCAACAGGUGAUUGAUUGCGCUGCGAAACCUGACAACGGCUGCGAAGGCGGUGACACAUGUCUAACCAUCAACUGGCUCUAUGAGGACAAAGUAAAACUCGUUCCGGCCAAAGAUUAUCCAUUUGAUGGUAAAACUGGUACCUGCAAAGAAAAAGUUACGUCAGACACAACAGUGCAAGUUGCCAGGAAUUUUACGUGUGACAGUUUUGUAGGUGAGGAAGACCUAAUGCUUCUCCACUUGGCAUAUCAUGGACCUUUGAUUGCGGCAGUGGAUGCGACAGGAUGGCAAGAUUACUUGGGAGGCAUCAUCCAGUUCCAUUGCGAUGCUGAGAGAAACCAUGCCGUUCAAAUUGUUGGAUAUGACCUGAAAAGUGACAUUCCAUACUACAUUGUGCGCAAUUCUUGGGGCACUCAGUUCGGCAACGAUGGAUAUCUAUACAUUGCUAUAGGAAAAAAUAUGUGCCGUAUAGCAGAAGAAGUAUCAUCUGUGGAUGUUCUAUGAUAAUUGAAAUGAAGCUGAUAUCAUUACAGAAAAUAUAAUAUUUCAUUUUGAAUUUCUAUACUAUUUAUUGCAUUUAAACCAAGAUUUUUGUAAUUUAAUAAAAAUGA